UCAGGUAACUUGUGCCGCUGUACUGGAUAUAGGCCAAUCUUAGAUGGCUGUAAAACUUUCUGUAAGGAAUCAUUUUGUUGUCAAAAGAAAGAAAAUGGGAACUGUUGCUUGGAGGAAAAAGACAGUUCAGCUUUGUUUUGUGACAGUGGAAGAAAGAUCUGCACGAAAUUAUUUUCAGCAGAUGAUUUUCAACCCUUGGACCCCACCCAGGAAUUCAUAUUUCCCCCAGAGCUAAUGAGAAUGGCUGAAUGUCUGCCAAAAAGAACUCUGGUUUUCCAUGGGGAAAGAACUACCUGGAUUUCUCCUACUAGCCUUGAUGAGCUUCUGGAGCUGAAAGCCAAGUACCCAAAAGCACCUCUGGUUGUUGGUAACACUAGUGUAGGCCCUGAGGUAAAAUAUAAAGGAGUUUUCCAUCCAGUUAUCAUUUCUCCAGUAAAGAUCUUGGAUUUGAAUGUGGUGACAUACAUGGAUGACGGAUUAACCCUAGGAGCUGCUUGUAGCCUUGCACUAGUGAAAGACAUCUUGACAAAUGCAGUCUCAGACUUGGCUCAGGAAAAGGCAAAGAUCUUCCAGGCUCUCUUGUAUCAGUUAAAAUCUCUGGGAGGACAGCAGAUCAGGAAUGUUGCUUCUUUAGGUGGAAACAUUAUAAGCAGAAAAUCAACAUCUGACUUGAAUCCCGUUCUAGCAGCUGGCAACUGUAUCCUCAAUCUGGCAUCAAAAGAUCAAAGACGGCAGAUCCCUGUAAGUGACAUCUUUGCAGGUGGAGUUAGUAACAAUACCCUUAAACCAGAAGAGGUCUUAGUCUCAGUCUAUAUCCCUCAUUCCAGGAGGGGGCAGUUUGUAUCUGCAUUCCGACAAGCUCAGCGUCGGGAAAACUGUCUCCCAAUUGUUAAUGCUGGGAUGAGAGUACUUUUUGCAGAAGGCACAGACUUAAUUCUGGAUUUCAGUAUUUUCUAUGGAGGCAUUGGAUCUACCACGGUUUGUGCAAAACAAACCUGCCAAGCACUCAUCGGAAGGCAUUGGAAUGAGCAGAUGCUGGAUGAAGCUUGCAGAAUGGUUCUUAAAGAAGUUUCUCUCCCAGACUCAGCCCCAGGUGGAAAGGUGGAAUACAGAAGAACUUUGAUUGUCAGUUUCCUUUUCAAAUUCUACGUGGAAGUGUUGCAGUCAUUGAAGAGGAUGGACCUGCAUCAAUGGCCUGAGAUACCAGAGAAAUAUGGGAGUGUCCUGCAAGAGUUCUCAACCAAAAUGCCCCAGAGUAUACAAAUGUACCAGGGUGUGGACUCUGGGCAGGUUCUCCAAGAUCCAGUAGGACAACCCAUCAUGCACCAGGCUGGCUUUGAACAUGCCACUGGUGAAGCUGUUUAUUGUGAUGACAUGCGUGUGGUGGAUGAAGAGCUCUUUUUGGCUGUGGUCACUAGUUCCAGAGCACAUGCAAAGAUUGUAUCAAUCAACAUAUUAGAGGCCCUUGCGGUACCAGGAGCGUUUGAUGUCAUAACAGCUCAAGAUGUCCCAGCUACAAAUGAAUUCUACUAUGCCAGUGAUCCAGAGAUUAUAUUUGCAAAAGAGAAGGUGAUUUGUGUGGGUCAGAUAGUUUGCGCUGUGGUUGCAGAUUCUGAUGUUCAUGCCAAACAAGCAGCUGCAAAAGUGAAGAUAGAGUAUGAAGCCCUGGAGCCAGUGAUCCUGACAGUUGAGGAUGCCAUUCAGCACAAUUCAUUCUUUGGGCCACAAAGAAAGCUAGAACAUGGGAAUGUUGAUGAAGCAUUUAAAACUGUUGAUCAAAUACUUGAAGAGGAACUUCACAUUGGGGGACAGGAACAUUUUUAUAUGGAGACUCAAAGCGUGCUUGUUGUUCCAAAAGGAGAAGCUAAAGAAAUGGAUCUGUAUGUGUCCUCGCAGCAUCCAGCACUGAUCCAGGAAAUGGUGGCCUCAAGUUUAGGUGUUCCAGCAAAUAGGAUCACAUGUCAUGUAAAACGAGUUGGCGGAGCUUUUGGUGGGAAGUUACUCAAAAGUGGUCUGUUGGCAUCAGUUGCUGCAGUGGCAGCCAACAAAACUGGUCGGGCAGUCCGUUUUAUCCUGAGCCGGGGUGAGGAUAUGUUAAUCACUGGGGGCCGGCAUCCUCUCGUUGCCAAAUACAAAGUUGGCUUCAUGAAUAAUGGUAGGAUCCUGGCUGUGGAUGUCAAAUAUUACGUUAAUGGAGGAUGUUCCCCUGAUGAGUCGGUUCUGGUAACAGAGGUAGCCUUGCUAAGAAUGGAUAACGCCUACAAGAUUCCCAACCUGCGAUGCUGGAGCUGUGCUUGCAAGACAAACCUGCCAUCAAACACAGCUUUCCGAGGAUUUGGCUUCCCCCAGUCAGCUCUGGUUACAGAAUCCUGGACAACAAGUGUUGCAGAGAAAACUGGUUUGUCACCAGAAAAGGUAAGGGAGAUAAACAUGUAUAAAGAAAUUGAACAAACACCUUACAAACAAAAGUUGGAUCCCCAGAACCUGAUAAGGUGUUGGAAUGAAUGUAUGGUGAAGUCUGCAUACUACAGAAGACUAAAAGCUGUGGAAGAAUUUAACAGACAAAAUUACUGGAAGAAGAAAGGAAUUGCCAUAAUUCCCAUGAAGUUUCCAUUUGGACUUGGCUCGCGUUAUCUUAGUCAGGCUGCUGCUCUGGUUCAUAUCUAUACUGAUGGGUCAGUGCUUCUGACUCAUGGUGGAAUUGAAAUGGGACAAGGCAUCCAUAUCAAAAUGAUCCAGGUUGCCAGCCGGGAGCUAAAUAUCCCCAUGUCAAGUAUUCACGUUUGUGAAACAAACACAACAACAGUUCCUAAUGCAUGUGCUUCAGUAGGAUCUGCUGGAACUGAUGUCAAUGGAAUGGCAGUGAAGGACGCUUGUCAGACCCUUCUGAAACGCCUGCAGCCCAUUAUAAGCAAGAAUCCAAAAGGCACCUGGAAUGACUGGGUUAAAGAAGCUUUUAAGCAAAGCAUUAGUCUUUCAGCCACUGGGUAUUUCAGAGGCUAUGAUGGAAAUAUGGACUGGGAGAAGGGAGAAGGACAGCCAUUUACAUAUUUUGUUCAUGGAGCUGCUUGCUCAGAGGUUGCAAUUGACUGUCUCACAGGAGAUCACAAGAACCUCAGAACUGACAUUGUUAUGGACAUUGGAUGCAGCAUAAAUCCAGCAGUGGAUAUAGGGCAGAUUGAAGGAGCCUUUGUUCAGGGCAUUGGACUUUAUACAAUGGAGGAAUUAAACUAUUCUCCCAAAGGAGCCCUUCACACUCGGGGACCAGAUCAUUAUAAAAUCCCUGCGGUCUGUGACAUCCCAGAACAGUUCAGUGUUUCCCUGCUGUCACCUUUACAAAAUCCCCAUGCAAUCUAUGCAUCCAAGGGUGUAGGUGAGGCAGGGUUGUUCCUAGGAUGCUCUGUAUUCUUCGCUCUAAGGGAUGCAGUGGCCUCUGCACGAAAGGAGAGAGGAUUACCAGGGCCCUUCGCGCUGAACAGCCCCCUGACACCUGAGCGGAUUCGAAUGGCCUGUGCUGAUGACUUUACCAAGAUGAUUGCGAAAGAUCAGCCUGAUUCCUUCAGUCCUUGGGCCAUCUCCAUAUGAAGACAAUCCAAAUCUCAUACCCAGCUUGAAUGAAAUACGACGAUAGUUUUUUGAUCAGAUGUAGUCCUCUACCUUAGUAAUCAACACAUGUUUUAACUAAAAAUACAGAGUCCUGUAUCCAAAUAAGAAGCUUGCCAUCCCCUCUCCUUUAAUGCAUUCUUCCUCCUGAUUGUUCUUAAUGCAUUUAGCUGUACUGCUGCAUACUCCACGGCUACAGUUUAUUUCUAGGAACACACGUAAAUAGUCCAGAGAGUUUUACUCAAUAAUCACUACUCGUCUUUUACCCAGGGAGAUCUGCUGAAACGUACCUGCAGGAGAGAAGGGGUGUGUUAAUGUAGUAUUGGAUAUUGAUUUAAUUUUACUCACCCAAUGCAACAUUUGAAAGCUUCAAAUAAGUGAUAAUUUACACUUUUACCUUGCAAUGAAAGAUCUGCAUAGACCCUGAUAUCCUUGGGGGCCCACCACAGGAUUCUUCUGAUCACAAACUUCAGACAAGAAGAUGUAGUUUCUUGCAGAAAAACUGCUGUGGAUAUUGUUGAUACAAACCCUUGGGUACUUGAAAGUCAAAGGAUGUAACUGCCUUUUGUUUCACCCAUGCAGAUCCACUUCAGUCACUAGGGCUGAUUUACAGGAAUGACUAAAAAGUUGCAAGGAUGACUGUGCUCUUAUUUCUCUUGGAGACUUUUAUUUUCUUGUGCUGUUUCCCAAAGUCUUCUGGCCCAGUG